CGUCCAUUCAUACCCGCCAGCCAUCUCACCGUACAAACCGAGCACGAUUACGAAGGCGAUUUCACAUCCAUGGCUUCCCCAUCACAGAACCGGGAGCAAGAGAAACGGCUGGGCGAUGAUCUGGCCAUGCUUGAGAUCGAAAGGCAGAUCUCAAGAGCAGACAACGACCUCGAUCGGGAGCAUUCAAAAUCCGUGCGUAGGACUCGUUCACGUCGCGAAGAUCCAAUUGACGAGUUCGAUGCUGCCACCAACCCACUACACGAACGCACUGCCAUAUACAAACCACCAGAGAACCCAUCCACGAAUCUUUCAAAGCUCUUCAAGAAAAUUCAUAGCUCAGUCUUCAUCGUUCGCUACUUCUUCUACAUCCUUCCUUUAGCUGCCCUUCUUCUCAUCCCCGUCCUGUUUGGCUUCUAUCUAUUUCCCGAUGCAACCGUUGGCUGCGUCGAACUCAAGUGGUUCGGCAUUUGGUUGGAAAUAGUUUGGCUUACCCUCUGGGCAGGACGAAUUGUGGCAAAAUGCUUGCCCUGGCCCAUUGGAUUAAUCUCCAGCCUUUUCACCAACAAUGGCAAGAAGUGGAGAGACAUGGGAAAGCAAUUGGAGCUCCCUGCAACUUUGUUCUUCUGGUGGCUUGCCAUCGAAGUCUCGUUUCUGCCGACCAUGGAUAGCCACUCGCGGUGCACGCCACGCGGCAAUUGGCGCAAAACAAUGAACAAGGUCAUCGUCUCCAUAUUCGUGGGCGUCAUUCUCAACUUCGUGGAGAAGAUCAUUAUUCAAUUGAUUGCCAUUAGCUUCCACUUGCGGACAUAUGCCGACAGAAUCGAGAUCAACAAGUUCCAGAUUGGCAGCCUGGCAAAACUCUACAAGUUCUCCAAGGAGAAGAUUGCAAUGGAAGAUUCGGAAUUCGAAGAAAAUCAUGCUCCUUCCGGUGCCCGUACUCCUGGGCGCCUGGUUGAUGAUGCCAAGAAAACCACCAAACAGGCCAUAGGAAAAUUCGGUGAUGUUGCUGGCAAAAUCGCUGGCGACUUCACGGGCAAACAAGUGGUCAAGAGUACGCACCCUCAUCAGGUCGUUCUUGCACUCCUCAGCACAACAGGAGGAAGUCAAGUCUUGGCAAGACGACUUUACCGGACAUUCGCACGCCCUGAGACUGAGACGGUCUACUCGGACGACCUCAAAGGCGCCUUUGAGAACGAUGACGAGGCAGAUGCAGCCUUUUCCAUGUUCGACAAGGAUAUGAACGGUGACAUUUCCAUGGAGGAGCUAGAGGCUGUUUGCGUAGAGAUUGGCCGCGAGCGCAAGUCCAUCACCGCUUCUUUGAAGGACCUCGACUCGGUUGUCAGUAAACUCGACGACGUCUUCAUGUUCCUCGUCGCUGUCAUCACUAUUCUGGUCUUCAUCUCCUUGAUAUCCACAUCCGCCGCAGGUGUACUUACCUCUGCGGGCUCUGCAGUACUGGCCUUGUCGUGGCUAUUCUCGGUCACGGCACAGGAAUUCUUACAGUCCAUCAUCUUCGUCUUCGUCAAACACCCCUUUGACGUUGGCGAUCGUGUCAGCAUCUAUGGAAAUACCGGUGCCACUGGUCUGGGAGAUGACUACUUCGUCAAGGAAAUCGCUCUACUCUAUACGGAGUUUAAAAAAAUGGAGGGUCAUGUCGUACAAGCUCCGAACAGUUACCUCAACACUCUGUUCAUUCUUAAUCAGCGUCGUUCCGGCGGUCUCGCCGAGGCUAUACCCGUGGUUAUCAAAUUCGGUACCACUCUCGAACAGAUCGAGACUCUCCGGAAUCGCCUGUUGGAAUUCGUUCGAAACGAGAAGCGCGAAUAUCAGUCGAACAUUUUGACGGAAUUGAGAGAGGUGAAAGAGGCCCAUUCGCUCACUCUCAACAUCGUCUUCUUCUACAAGUCGAACUGGCAAAACGAGCUACUCCGUCUUCAGCGCCGCAACAAGUUCAUCUGUGCGAUGAUGGUCACCAUGCAAGAGUGUGGUAUUGAGGGCCCACGCAUGCGUUUCCCUGGUCAAAAGGAAUCCUUCCCGGUCUAUCUGCAAAAUGUCCCACACAUGGCGACGCCCGGCAUGGGACACGGUGGCAAUCCAGAUAUGCCUCAGGGUCACCACCAUACCAGCACUGAUGAUCAGAACCCCCCAUUUGUCGCUCCGCCUUCCGACACUCAGAGCCAGACUGGCCAGGCUGGUCUCAAUCGCCAUGCAUCGGUCUUGCGACAAGCUGGUCGCCCUCGUGGCGAGUCCCUUGCGGCGAUGGGCAGACGCGUCGACUUCUCACUUGGCAUGAAGGAUGUCUCGUCCGGUGACAUGUACGGCGAUGUCUACGAGGAUCGCUCGAAAUCUAGGCUUCCUCAAAGUCUUUCGCCAUCUCGUGAGUCUCAUGAGCGUGGCUCCCAUGAUAUCGGUCGCUCCUCUUCAGUCUCGCAUGGUGCUAGGCCAGGCAAUCUAGCUCGUGUGUCGACGGACAACGACUCUCGCUUGAGCCACCGUAACAGGUUCUUCGGUCGUAGCAGAGCUGCACGCGAUGAGGAAACUGGAAUGACGAACAUUCCAGAGGGCGCUUCUCCUCCACACGAACGAUUAGAUCCGCGGACUGGUACCGUGGGUCCAACUGCAGUACACAGCACGAGUGGCAAUGCCACCCGCGGCGCGUACAGUCCCCUUCCCCGAGCGUCGGUUGAGCAAAGUCCUCAAGAUGGCUCAUUUGCCCGCAGUGACACAAACGACUUUGAGAUGCGGAGACUCUGAGGCAUGGCUUCACACCACAACCUUGUUCUAUUAAUGCAUAACGUAAAAAGACACUUUGCAGAUGUUAAGGCCAUCGGCUACGAAAAUGACUAUAGAUCGCUGAAUCUCUGUAUUCGAUUACAGCAGACUCUUGUUUCUUUUCUACUACUUCCAUAGACAUAAAAGUUUAA